CAGCGUUCUUCUUUUGGCGGAAAGUCGUUCGUCUUUGGUUACUCUGCUCCGUUGCCGUUCACAACUUUGUGUUUAUAGCAGACUUCUGGCUGGCGAUUGCUAGCUAGGCUUGGUGGAAUUGGCGGACUUUCAUUUCGCCGAGGAACUUCUAGCCGCCCAGCGCUUCCCACAAUUUGUCAAUGGUACGGCAUGAGGUAUGUAGCCUUGGAGCUGCCGCAGCGUCCAUGCAUUACCCAGAGCCCAACUCGUUUCCGAGUUCCUACCUUGACGACUCGAUUGAUAACCAAAGAUCGCUUACUUUGAGAUUAAUAUCAGAAUGCCAGUCUUCCAAGCCAAGAAAUUUCGGCGUGCGACAACCGCUUCAUCAACCCUAGGGGAGCGAGUCGGUGCGGCAUAUAGAUCCCGUCUCCCCAGACAUCCAUUCCUACUGUUUGGCUUUCCCUUUAUCGUGAUCAUAGUCGCAGGGUCUUUCGCAUUGACACCGGCUGCCGCUCUGAGAUAUGAACGUUACGAUCGCAAGGUAAAACAACUCAGCCAAGAGGAAGCCUUUAACCUUGGUCUCAAGGGGCCGGACGGCGAGGAAGGCAUAAAACGAAACCCGCGAAGAAGGAUUAUCGGAGACGAGCGGGAAGAAUACUACAGGCUUAUGGCCAAGGACCUUGAUGACUGGGAACAAAAGCGUGUGCAGCGCUUCAAGGGUGAACCUGAUGGCAGGCUUUAAAGCCACCACCUCAGCUUUGAGAGAGUCAUGAACCCCCAUGCAA